AUGAAGUAGCCGAACGAAUGGGCCCGCAAAAUAGGAAAGAAGCCCAGCCCGCAGUCACCAUCAGGAAAUUUCCCUCGCUCGCUGCUGUUACACUCAGACGGAUCAUCAAAAUCGUGGAUAAGAAAAUUCGGUCGCUGCUCAUCCGCCAGUCUCGCCGGUCGAAAAAAAAACUCCGCCGCCGUGGUAGCCAUGGCUGGAAUUACCAGCACGGGCAGAUUUCCUUUCACGCCCCUCCCUACCGCCGGGAAAUCGGCCACUCCCUUGUCUUCCCUCGACUCCAAGCUCUUCGGCCUCAGGUUCCAUUGCUCCCCUCUGUGCCGAGCAGAGUCACUAAUCUCCUCUCCCAGGACAUUCCCUGGCUCCGCCGUGGUCACUGCCCGUUACGGCGGCGGGGGAGGAGGCGGAGGCAAUCGUUCGCGGCAGAGCGAGCCUGAUGAUGAACAGGCUCUUGACAUUUCUGCAGUUCGGUCUGCUACUGUGAGGCUCAUCGACCAGAAGCAAAAUAUGGUUGGGGUGGUAUCGAAAAGUGAAGCUAUUCGGAUGGCUGAAGAAGCUGAGCUUGAUUUGGUUGUGCUGUCUCCAGAAGCAGAUCCUCCGGUCCUCAGAAUCAUGGAUUACAACAAAUAUAGAUAUGAACAACAAAAGAAGAAGAAAGAUCAGCAGAAGAAAAGUGCAGCGAGUCGAAUGGAUCUGAAGGAGCUUAAGAUGGGUUAUAGCAUCGAUCAACACGAUUACGGUGUACGGCUGAAAGCGGCUAGAAAGUUUUUGCAAGAUGGUGAUAAGGUCCUCAUUGUGUUUGUUGUAUUCUCACCCAUUCAUUCUAUUCUCAUGUGCAUGAUUUCUUACUGUUUCCUGUGCUUUAAACUUCCCUCCUUUCAGGUUAAGGUGAUCGUAAAUUUGAAAGGUCGUGAAAAUGAGUUCAGAAACAUUGCCAUCGAGCUUCUCAGACGUUUCCAGAAUGAUGUUGGGGAGCUGGCAACCGAGGAGAGCAAGAAUUUGAGGGAUAGAAACAUAUUCAUUACUUUGGUUCCAAAUAAGGCUAUUCAACAAAAAGGUCAGGAACCUCCCAAGAAGAAAGAUAAGCCAUCUGCUGUAAAUGAAGUGCCGGCCGUAAACCCUCUGAUAACAUCCAUUCCUCCUUGCAAUCUUCAUCUCCCAUUCCACACACUUCCCUGGCUCGCCCUUGAAGUCGCCAUGGAAGCCAAUGCUGGACUGGUGGCAGGCUCCCACAACCGAAACGAGCUCGUCGUCAUCCAUGGCCACGAAGAGAUUAAGCCACUGAAGAACCUGGAUGGACAAUUUUGUGAGAUAUGUGGCGACCAGAUUGGGGUUACCGUCGAAGGAGACUUGUUCGUUGCCUGCGACGAAUGUGGGUUCCCUGUCUGCAGGCCUUGCUAUGAGUAUGAACGAAGGGAAGGCACUCAGAACUGUCCUCAGUGCAAGACUCGCUACAAGCGCCUCAGAGGGAGCGCCAGAGUCCCGGGAGACGAGGAUGAAGAAGAUGUCGACGAUAUUGAACACGAGUUCAAUAUUGAAGAUGAGCAAGAGAGGACCAAGCAUCUUACUGAGGCAAUGCUUCAUGGCAAGAUGACGUAUGGAAGAGGCCACGAUGACGAGGAAAACAGCCAGUUCCCACCUGUGAUAACAGGCAUCAGAUCAAGACCGGUGAGCGGGGAGUUCCCAGUUGGAGCAUAUGGUGAUCAGAUGGCUUCUUCACUCCACAAGAGAAUCCACCCAUAUCCUGUUUCAGAACCUGGGAGUGCAAGAUGGGAUGAGAAGAAGGAAGGAGGAUGGAAAGACAGAAUGGACGACUGGAAGUUGCAGCAGGGGAACUUGGGACCUGAACAAGAAGAUGAUAUAGAUGCAUCCAUGGUCGAUGAAGCAAGGCAGCCACUUUCAAGGAAAGUACCGAUUGCUUCGAGCAAGAUCAACCCUUACAGAAUGAUCAUCGUGGCUCGUCUGGUCAUCUUGGCCUUCUUCCUUCGCUAUCGAAUUCUUAACCCUGUUCAUGAUGCCAUUGGCCUUUGGUUGACUUCCAUCGUCUGUGAGAUCUGGUUUGCCUUUUCGUGGAUUCUGGAUCAGUUCCCCAAGUGGUUCCCUAUUGAUCGAGAGACCUAUCUUGACCGCCUGUCCCUCAGGUACGAGAGGGAAGGUGAACCAAACAUGCUUGCUCCAGUGGACGUAUUCGUCUGUACAGUCGAUCCAAUGAAGGAACCUCCACUUGUCACGGCAAACACGCUGUUGUCAAUCUUGGCUGUGGACUACCCUGUGGAAAAGCUCUCGUGCUACCUCUCUGACGAUGGUGCUUCGAUGUGCUCAUUUGAAGCCAUGUCCGAGACAGCUGAGUUCGCUCGCAAGUGGGUCCCAUUCUGCAAGAGACACAGCAUAGAGCCCAGAGCACCUGAGUUUUACUUCUCCCUGAAGGUUGAUUACCUGAAGGACAAAGUCCAUCCUAAUUUUGUGAAGGAACGUCGAGCUAUGAAGCGGGAAUACGAAGAGUUCAAGGUGAGGGUCAACGCAAUAGUAGCAAAAGCUCAGAAGGUACCUGCCGAAGGCUGGAUCAUGCAGGAUGGAACUCCAUGGCCUGGAAACAACACAAAGGAUCAUCCCGGCAUGAUCCAAGUGUUUCUUGGUCAUAGUGGAGGCUAUGAUGUUGAAGGAAAUGAACUACCUCGCCUGGUUUAUGUAUCUCGUGAGAAGAGGCCUGGGUUUUCACAUCACAAGAAAGCUGGUGCCAUGAAUGCCAUGGUUCGAGUCUCUGCUGUGCUGACCAAUGCUCCUUUCAUGCUGAAUCUUGACUGUGAUCAUUACAUAAACAACAGCAAGGCUGUGAGAGAAGCUAUGUGUUUCUUGAUGGACAUCCAAACUGGAAAGAAAGUUUGCUAUGUUCAGUUUCCUCAGAGAUUCGAUGGCAUUGACAGAAAUGAUCGUUAUGCCAACAGAAACACGGUUUUCUUUGAUAUUAACAUGAAAGGACUGGAUGGGAUUCAGGGCCCAGUUUAUGUCGGUACAGGAUGUGUGUUCAGGAGGCAAGCUCUGUAUGGAUAUGAUCCUCCAAAGGGCCCCAAGAGGCCAAAGAUGGUUAGCUGUGACUGCUGCCCAUGCUUUGGACGUCGCAAGAAGAAGCUGGCGAAGCCUGGUGCAAAUGGAGAAGGAGCCAGCUUAGAAGGAGUGGAUGAUGAUAAACAGCUGCUGAUGUCCCAUAUGAACUUUGAGAAGAAAUUUGGACAAUCAGCCAUUUUUGUAACUUCAACCUUAAUGGAAGAAGGAGGUGUCCCUCCUUCCUCCAGCCCUGCAGCCUUGCUCAAAGAAGCCAUCCACGUUAUCAGUUGUGGAUAUGAAGACAAAACAGAAUGGGGGACAGAGCUUGGGUGGAUUUAUGGUUCAAUUACAGAAGAUAUUCUUACUGGAUUCAAGAUGCAUUGCCGUGGCUGGAGGUCCAUCUACUGUAUGCCAAAGAGGCCAGCAUUCAAGGGUUCAGCUCCCAUCAAUUUGUCUGAUCGGUUGAACCAAGUGCUUCGAUGGGCUCUUGGUUCAGUUGAAAUCUUCUUCAGUCGUCAUAGUCCUCUCUUGUAUGGCUACAAGGACGGAAACCUUAAGUGGCUCGAGAGAUUUGCAUAUGUUAACACAACUGUUUAUCCCUUCACCUCGCUACCACUUCUGGCCUACUGUACUCUUCCAGCCAUCUGCCUGCUCACAGACAAAUUCAUCAUGCCUGAGAUCAGCACCUUUGCAAGUCUCUUCUUCAUAGCUCUCUUCCUCUCAAUCUUUACCACGGGUAUUCUCGAACUACGGUGGAGUGGAGUGAGCAUUGAGGAAUGGUGGAGAAACGAGCAAUUCUGGGUCAUUGGUGGUGUGUCAGCUCACCUCUUUGCUGUUGUGCAAGGUCUCCUCAAAGUUCUGGCCGGUAUUGAUACAAAUUUCACUGUCACCUCCAAAGCCACUGACGACGACGACUUUGGAGAACUUUACGCCUUCAAAUGGACGACCCUCCUCAUACCUCCAACCACCAUCUUAAUCAUUAACCUUGUAGGAGUUGUUGCUGGAGUCUCGGAUGCCAUAAACAAUGGAUACCAAUCAUGGGGGCCUCUGUUUGGGAAGCUGUUCUUUGCCUUCUGGGUUAUUGUUCAUCUCUAUCCUUUCCUGAAAGGUCUUAUGGGAAGACAGAAUCGGACUCCGACCAUUGUUGUCAUCUGGUCUGUGCUCUUGGCUUCAAUUUUCUCGUUGUUGUGGGUUAGGAUUGAUCCGUUCGUCAUGAAGACCAAGGGGCCUGACACCAAGAAAUGUGGAAUCAACUGCUGAAAAAGUCUCUCUUUCUGUAACCUUUUGAUACUUGUGCCAGAUUUUUUCUUACAAGCACUUCACUUUGUCUUGAAGGAAUAAAGCCAUAGUGAGAAAUUUUUGUGCAGUAAUACAACAUGUACCUAGUUUGUCCUGAAGUCAGAGUGAUACUGAAGUGGCUGUCAUGAUAAUAUCUCUACACCUUGAGCCAACUGCUCAAAAUCAGUUCUUCUCUUCUUCCAAAGCAAUAACAUACUAAUCAAGCCCACAGUUCCUGUGGCUCAGGGACAAGUAAUGUACAGAAAUGUGAUAACAGUCUGUGUUAUGCAAAGCUUUCACCAUUACAAAUAAAGCUUUUGUAAGUUCAAUUGGGCAAUAGAUAUAGAAGUUAAAACCUGAUCCAGAGCUUGGAAAAUUAACUCAACAACCAAUAGCUUCAAUAAUAUCAAGCCAAGUGCAGCGCAGGAAAGUCCAAAAAGGCCACUGUCCAGGCUUUUCCCCCCAUGCUGAACAAACUUUCACCAGUAGUCUCCACAAGAACACACACCAUCCUCGAAACGAUGGAAUCGAUUGGCAUCCCUUGCCACAAUAACUCUCUGACUAACCUUAGAUAUGUACUUUGACGCAGUAUGGCAGUCCAGACAAAUGCGGAGGUUCUUGAAGAUCCUUAUCUCAGUUCCAGGCUCAGUGGAUAUUAGACCAAAAGCAAUGGCUAGCUUCUCACUAUGAACCUUCACCAUCAACUCCUUCUCUUCCUCCUCCACAUCAUGCAAUGAAGCCAUAGUCUCUGCCUGAUACCCUGCUUCCUUCAUCUUCCCAUUCAAUCUCUCCAGCUCUGCAUAUAUAGCUCUCGAUUGUGGAUGAGACCAGUCACCCGCCUUGAAUACAUGAGGUUUCUGAUGUAUCUCAAUCAGAGUACAUCCUGGAGUCUUAGAGAGCUUCCUCUUCUUAGCUACUUGUCUUACAAAUGCAGCUC